CCUACGUGUGCCAGCAAACACUGGGGGUUUCGGUUUGUAUUGUUCAUAGGCCUACAGUUCCAGCCACUGGAAGUUUGUCCCAUAACACAAACGCUAUUCAGACUGCAUCAUUUCUUGGAGAACGACGAUAUAGAGAGCGCAGAUCUUGCGGUUUACCCAAGUGCGACGAGUUGGAUUCGUCUCGCGACUGAUUAUAAUAAAGCGCGGCUCAGAUGAACAUGAACAUGGACAUGAGGUCUUUGCUGAGACUGCCAGUGUUGUUGGCUCUCAUAUGGGAGAACAAGGCACAGAAACUAACAGUGUCUCUCCUGCCGAAGUUCCCACAGGUGUAUAUUGGAGAUGACGUCACUCUGAUCUGUAACCGUAAAGGAGGGAGUAAACCAACAACAUGGUUUAUUGAUGACAAAAAACAGUCACAUCAGGAUUAUUCAAUGUUUCUUACUGCAGUGACACCAAAAAACAACGGGGAGUAUAAAUGUGAGCAGAACGGACUGAUGAGUGACCCGCUCACACUCACUGUACUGGAGCUGGAGCCUCACGCUCAGCUCUCUCCAUCUGUAGGAGGUGCUGUGAUGACCAAAGGAGAAGGAAGAAACCUGGUGCUGCAGGCGGAAGAUGAUCUGAAGAACUGGACUUGUUCUGUGUUGAGAGGAGUGAGCCGCUUCGGUUUAGGAGUCAAUGUUGAUGAGCAGAUGAAGAGAGCUGUUAUAUUUGCAGAAUUAAAAGAGGCAGAAAGAGCCACUUUCUGGUGCCAGAAAAAGAAUUUCAGUCGAAGCAAUACAGUGACGCUGAAAAUGACAGAGCACGUGGUGAUGUUGGUUCCUCCGGCCGUUCCUGCACUGCAGGGGGAGUCUGUGGAUCUCAGGUGUGUAGUCUGGGGUGGAUCGAAGCUGGAAAAGGCCGUCUUCUAUAAGGAUAAUACAAAAAUCAUUAACUCACCUGAAGGCACAUACACCAUCGUCAACGCCACACAAGAUGAUAACGGCAAGUACAGCUGCCACGCCACCUACAGGUUCAGCCACACCAGUGCAGGAGCUGCACUGAAGGAAGGAGAUUCUGAUGCCCAGGAGUUAAAAGUUAUAGGCGGGCCUGCUGCUGCAAUUAUUUCAGGGUCUACUAAGAGUCUGCAGUGUUCCUGCCCUCGCUGUCCUGACAACUGCAUGUCCUGCCACUGGUAUUACACACUCUUUAAUGACCCACACUCACGCAGAAGACUGCCUGAAAAUGACCAGUCCAUUACCGCCGAGGAAGAAGGACUGUACAGCUGCCGGUUUGACUGUGGGAAAGGUCUCUCCCGUUUCAGUGACAGUUACAGCUACAAAGCACAACCAGCGGAGUUUGGAGGCCUGCUGUACAUACUGCUCGGGGUGGCAGCACUGAUUAUUCUCAUGGGUGUGAUUGUGUGGAUGCUGAAGCGAAGAAAAUGUGGAGGAAGUAAUGUGCAAGUGACUGGACGGGGUAAAGAUAAUGACGUGCUGACGCACUUUGAGAGAAGGGAGGAUUUUUAAGGCCUAGACAGUGGAGGAAAAUCAGUAUGAAGAACUGAAGGCCGAGAGACAGGAGACGAAUGAGACAAGCAAAGAGAAAGAAUGAGGGAAUCUGGAAAAAAGCACCACAUUAAUGUUAACCAAUCGUCAAAUAGCUGUUUUAGCCAUUAAAGGCAAUGCCGCCUUUCUAUAAACUCGCCAAUCAUUAACAGUAGUUUAAUUCCGGCAAUCAUUACUGUAAUAAAGGUUACAGUUAUAUCAAAAAAU